CUUCACUUGGUACCGCCUCAUCAGUUCUGAUCUGCAUUUAUUGCAAACCCAUGUGAGAAAACACAGAAGAUCAACUGCUGACGCAACUUAUCUCCCAUUACUACAGUAAUCACUCUGUGGGUAAAACAUCUCUUGCAAACCAUGCUCAUGUGCACACAAACCACACUUUCUGUACAGCCUACUUUCCGUUUCUCUUCAGGAAGCUCGUGCGUUGUUCAGCAGCCCUUAGGCGUCUCUGUUAUGCAAAUGAGCUGUCUGAACUCUCCAUGCCGUUGCCGAGUGGCACUGCUUUCCAAGCAGGUGGAAAAAAAUGUGUAAUUGUAAAUGUCAUCUGUCUAUAUCUCCCAUGUACAGUCAUACUCCUUCAGAAAACCUUUGCUUGUAGGAUACAGACUGUUCAGAAGUUGAGAGAAGUAUUUCAAUGUUUGCUGCAAUGACACCAGGUUCAAACCACACACUGGCAAUCUCAAGGAAAGGGAUUGAAAGAAAUUGCUGCGUACUGUACAGACAACAGAAACCCAAAUCUGAGAGGAUCUGCCACUUUUCAGGGUCAAGGACAAAGGAUCACAGACAUACAAAAUCACCCUGCCUCAAGACCUGUCUGACGUUUUGCUUCAAGGACCGGGUGAGGAUGGAGCAAAGGGAACCAUCAGUGGAUUCUCAUGCUGAAGGGACUGAAGGAAGACUCAGGGAACUGGCUUCAAAGUGGUUCAUAGACACUCAAGUGCCACUCAUCGUCCGCAACGGCUUCUUCCCCACUUGGUUCUUGGGGUUCAUCACGAGAAAAGAUGCUGAAGAAAUACUCAGAGAUAAGGAGCUGGGCUGUUUCCUGAUCCGUCUCAGUGAUAAGGCCAUUGGAUACAUUCUGUCUUAUAAAGGCAGUGAUCGGUGUCGACAUUUUGUGAUAAACCAAAGCGAAUCAGGGCAGUUUGUGGUCUGUGGCGACACUGAACAACAUGACAAAGUCUCUGAUCUCAUAGAAUACUACAAGACAAGCCCCAUCGAGCCCUUCGGAGAGUACCUGACAUCCUCGUGUUUUGAGGCACUGAAUGAAGGACUUUAUGAUAUCAUCCAGGUGAACCCUAAAGAACAGCCUGUGGGCACUGUCAGAGCUGUGAAGAACACGCGAAAGCAACAGAUGAACCCAGCUCAAGAGCAGCCUCCCGUACGGCCACGAAAGAACAACAGGACACUAGAGGAAGUACCACCUUUACCUCGGAGGAACAGGCACCUUGAUGGCCUGAACGAUCAGGACAGGGUUUUGUAUGCUCAGCUCAGGAAGCAAUCACCCAGGGAGAUCCACAUCUGUCAGGACCAUUUACCUGGAGAUAAUCCGGGGAGAGCUGAGAGAUCCACAACCCAGAGUCAGAACAUAAGCAGGUGUAGACCUCCAUCUGAACCGGACUCUGUUUACUCUGAGCUCGACCUGCUGGACAGCAAGAGCAGGUCUCUACCGCUUCUGAACAACAACAGCUCUGACAGAGAGCAGUACAGGCUGAGUGCACCCCCCAACACGCCUCCGAGACUUUCCCCUAAGCCCUUCAGACAAGCCACUCACUAUAGCCCAUCACCAGAGAAGACAGACUCGUGUAGCAGACCGAGCAGCACCCAUAGCCUGGAAUACAUGAGUGACAAUGCUGUCUAUCACCUAGCCGGCAGGCCUGAUAGCCCACACACUACAUCGUUUGAGACAAGAACAUCGUCAGAGCAGUCACAGUCCCUGUAUGCUGAGGUCACCAGUGAAGCCCUCGUUGCCCGCUUCCCCCAAGAAAAUACAUACGAGCUGAUUCCUGGCCUCGUGGACACAGCCAAACUUAAACCCAACCGUCUGGAGGACAUGGGACCCAAACACAACCACUCAUCCUGGGGUUUAAAGAAUGAAAAAUGGAAAUGGCUGUUCCCUGAAGUCAAGAGGAAAUGGUGAAGAGGUUACCUUACCUGCUACAGAAGAAAAUAAUCACUAAUUUUUCUCUGACACUACAGUGGUCCAGCCUGAUGCACACUCUGUGAAAGCUUCUCUUUUAUAAAUUCAUCAUGGGCUUACAUGCUCAUAGCUAUUCAAAUGACUUCUGUAUUUUUUUAUUUUAAUUUUUAAUGUAUUUAUUAAAAAAUUAUGAUGCAUUCGCAACUUCUUUUCCACGUGUAACAAAUGUCCUAAAUACAACAUAAAUUGUAUACAGACAUUUUACAAAACUAAUAAUGUCAUUAAACACAAAUCCAUAAAUGAGAAAUUAAAAA